CUGUCUGUUAGCUGCUCAGUUCCGCUCGCUGGUCGAUAGAUCGUAGAGCCGCAAACAUGGAGGAGGAAAAAAAGAAAGAGACUAAGCAUCCCGAAAAGACGGAUGAGAAGACCAAGGACAAGGAGAAGGGCCAGCAGCCCAAAGAGAAGGGGAAGGAGAAGAAAGAGGAGCAGGAGCUGUCAGAAGAAGAUAAGCAGCUGCAAGAAGACCUAGAGAUGAUGGUGGAGAGACUGAGUGAAGACAACACAGAACUGCAUCGUCCUGCGUUGGAAGAACUGCGCAGACUUAUACGAUCCUCAACCACCUCCAUGACCUCGGUACCCAAACCCCUGAAAUUCCUGCGCCCACACUAUGGCAAGCUCAAAGAAAUCUACGAGCGCAUGGCUUCUGGAGAAAACAAGCAUUUCUGUGGCGAUGUGGUCUCAGUGCUGGCUAUGACAAUGAGCGGUGAGAGGGAGUGCCUGAAGUACCGUCUGUUGGGCUCACAGGAAGAGCUGGCCUCCUGGGGACAUGAAUAUGUAAGGCACCUGUCAGGUGAGGUUGCUAAGGAGUGGCAAGAGGUGGAGGAGAAUGACAAGACACAGCAGGAGACGCUGUUGAAACUAGUGAAAGAGAUUGUACCCUACAACAUGGCCCAUAAUGCAGAGCACGAGGCUUGCGACUUGUUGAUGGAGAUCGAGAGGCUGGACAUGCUGGAAGACUACAUAGAUGAAAAUGCUUAUGGCAAAGUCUGCCUUUACCUCACCAGUUGUGUGAGCUAUGUUCCUGAGCCUGAAAAUUCGGCUCUGCUGAGAUGUUCCCUGAACAUCUUCCGAAAGUUUAACCGUUAUCCAGAGGCCUUGCGACUCGCCUUGAUGCUCAAUGAUGUGGAGCUGGUAGAAAACAUCUUCACAUCCUGCAAAGACAUUGUCAUCCAGAAGCAGAUGGCCUUCAUGCUGGGUCGCCACGGCAUGUUCCUGGAGCUCAACGAGGACGUAGAGGACUACGAAGACCUGACAGAGAUUAUGUCUAAUGUGCAGCUCAACAGCAACUUUUUGGCCCUGGCCAGAGAGUUGGACAUCAUGGAACCUAAAGUCCCAGAUGACAUCUACAAAACACACCUGGAAAACAACAGAUUUGGAGGGAGCGGUUCCCAGGUGGACUCUGCUCGUAUGAAUCUGGCCUCCUCCUUUGUGAACGGCUUUGUCAACGCAGCUUUUGGACAGGACAAGCUGCUCACAGACGAUGGCAACAAGUGGCUAUACAAGAACAAGGAUCAUGGCAUGUUGAGUGCUGCAGCUUCCCUGGGUAUGAUCCUGCUGUGGGAUGUGGAUGGUGGUCUGACCCAGAUAGACAAGUACCUCUACUCCUCUGAGGACUACAUUAAGUCUGGCGCCCUCCUGGCCUGUGGCAUUGUUAACUCGGGUGUGAGGAAUGAAUGUGACCCAGCCCUCGCCCUUCUGUCUGACUACGUUCUACACAACAGCAAUGUCAUGAGGAUAGGAGCCAUCUUUGGACUGGGCCUGGCCUACGCUGGCUCUAACAGAGAAGAUGUCCUUUCUCUGCUUCUCCCUGUAAUGGGAGACUCCAAAUCCAGCAUGGAGGUGGUUGGAGUGACAGCAAUUGCAUGUGGCAUGAUCGCAGUAGGUUCAUGUAACGGCGACGUGACUUCCACCAUCGUCCAGACCAUCAUGGAGAAGAACGAACAGGAGCUGAAGGACACAUAUGCCCGCUGGCUGCCUCUAGGCCUAGGACUCAACCACCUGGGUAAAGGAGAGGCAAUUGAGACAACCCUGGCAGCUCUACAGGUUGUGCCUGAACCCUUCCGCAGCUUUGCCAACACACUAGUGGAUAUCUGCGCGUAUGCAGGUUCUGGCAAUGUGCUGAAGGUGCAGCAGCUUCUCCAUAUCUGCAGUGAGCACUACGAAGCCAAGGAGAAAGAAAAAGAGGAGGAGAAGGAUAAGAAGGAUAAGAAAGACAAAGACAAGAAGGACAGUGCUGCAGAUAUGGGCUCCCACCAGGGUGUAGCUGUUCUUGGUAUUGCCCUGAUUGCCAUGGGGGAGGAGAUUGGCUCUGAAAUGGCACUGCGAACAUUUGGACAUCUGCUUCGUUAUGGUGAGCCCACUCUCAGGCGAGCAGUGCCCCUUGCUCUGGCUCUCAUUUCUGUGUCCAACCCUCGUCUCAACAUCUUGGACACCCUCAGCAAGUUUUCCCAUGAUGCAGACCCCGAAGUCUCACACAACUCCAUCUUUGCCAUGGGCAUGGUGGGCAGUGGCACAAAUAACGCACGUUUGGCCGCCAUGCUUCGGCAGCUGGCACAGUAUCACGCCAAAGACCCCAACAAUCUCUUCAUGGUCCGACUGGCCCAGGGUCUGACUCACUUGGGAAAAGGCACACUGACACUCUGUCCCUACCAUAGCGACAGGCAGCUGAUGAGCCAGGUCGCUGUCGCCGGACUACUCACCGUGCUCGUUUCCUUCCUUGAUGUCAAGAACAUAAUCCUGGGGAAAUCUCACUACAUUCUGUACGGCCUGGUCGCAGCCAUGCAGCCACGUAUGCUGGUCACAUUCGACGAGGAGCUCCGGCCACUGCCUGUGUCAGUCAGAGUUGGACAGGCUGUGGAUGUCGUGGGCCAGGCAGGGAAGCCAAAGGCCAUCACAGGUUUCCAGACUCACACGACACCAGUGUUACUGGCUCAUGGAGAGAGGGCUGAGCUGGCCACAGAGGAGUACCUCCCUGUCACCGCCAUCCUGGAGGGCUUUGUUAUCCUCCGCAAGAACCCCAACUAUGAAACCUAGACUGAAGCCAAAAAGCCCACUUUUGUCGGUCUCUCCCUGUGUUUGUAAGGGUAGACCUCCAUGGCUCUUGGAAAUUGUUAUAUUGAAUUGUUUACUGCAUGGCUGGAAAGAGCGAGGCGGGCCUACCCUACUGCUUUGUCUUCUCACUGUCAUCUGUGGCCCAACACCAGCAACCAUUAAAAAGGGAUAACUGGGGUCGGGUUAAUUGGACUGGUAUGACACAGAGAGGGUUAAACUUGGUUCUCUUCAUUGCUUUAGGUUUGUUUCAUCUCUCACACGUGACCUAAAUCAGCAGCUAUACUGACUGGAGGUCCUCCUCUAAAGUGGGAAUGUGUUUCAGUCAUCAGUAAAUAAAUAAAAACUUUGCUCAGACCACAUCGAUACUUCACAUUUUGUUUUGUUUUUUCCUUAUACUUUUUUCCUCAGUCAUUUUUGUAAUAAGACCAUUUACAAAUACGUAAUCUUCACAUUUGUUGUUUAUUUUUUUGGGGGGGGGGUGUUGUUUGUUAGAGUACUGUACAAGGGUUCAAAAAAAUAAAAUCUCAGAUCGAUCAAA